AUGAGACUCGGACUCUGCACGGCGGCGGCGGCAGUUGCGCUCGCGCUGCUGGAGCAGCCACAGGCAGAACAGAAAGUCCUGUCGGCUGGUGAAGAGAAAGGGGAGGGGAGGAAAAGCCCGUUUGGUUCCGAUUUCGAGGCUUUCUCAAAGGCGGCGCUCGACCGCUGGAAAGUCCCGGGGGUGUCGGUUGCUGUUGUCGAUGGGGAGGGUACGUGGGCUGAGGGUUACGGUAUCUCCAGCUUCCCCUCAACGCCCGCGACACCAUCAACACUAUACUACACCGGCAGCACGACCAAAGCAUUCACAGCAGCCAUCCUGUCCCUCCUCAUCGCAUCAGGGAACUUCUCGUCCCUCCAGGAAACAUACCCCCCCCUCAGCUGGCAGACGCCCAUCUCGCACAUAAUCCGGGACGACUUCGUCCUGGGCCCAGAAUACGAAUGGGCGGCCGCACACCUGACGCUCGAAGACGCGCUCUCGCACCGCACGGGGUUCCCGCGGCACGACAAGGCGCUCGCCAGGCAAUACGGACCGGACCGCCACCCAGGCACCGUGCGCGACGUCGUCCGCAGCCUGAGGCACUUGCCCAUGGUCUCGGAGCCGCGCGUCGUCUGGCGCUACUGCAAUCUCAUGUACAUGGUGGCCGCGCACGUGAUCCAGACUCUCACGGGGGAGUGGCUGGGCGCUGUGAUGCGCGAGCGGAUUUGGGAGCCCCUAGGCAUGGAGGCUACGUAUUUGAGCGUGGAGGAUGCGCUGGAGGCGGGGAGGGAGGUGGCGCGUGGGUAUUACUGGGAUUAUCAAGGAGGGGAGGAAGGGAAAGGGGGAGGGCAGGGCUUCGUCUCGGUUCCGUACGAAAGCCUUAAUCUCGCAAGCGGCGCUGGUGGCGUCGUGAGCAAUGUGCUGGAUUAUGCACGAUGGAUCCGAUGUCUGAUCCGCGGCGAUGGGAGCGACGAUAACGAAAACGGAUGUCCGGUCUUGCCUAAGGAGGCGCAUCGCGAGCUCAAAUUGGCUCGUAUUGCGAUGCCCCCCGAGAUGCGGAUGAGUUUCGAUGCUCCGCUCGCGUACGCGCUCGGCUGGGAGCUCAGCACGUAUAAGGGUUGGCGAGUGUUCACGCAUAGCGGGGGCAUGGAGGCAUACGGCGCCGAGGUUUACUUCUUGCCGGAUCUAGGGUACGGAGUGGUUACGCUGGGGAACACGGCGCAGACGAGUAAUUUCGUGGGUAUGGAGCUUGCGUGGAAGUUGAUUGAUGAUAAGUUGGGAGUCCCGGAGGAACAGCGGUUUGACUGGGUUAGCCGGGGAGAGAAAGUACUUGACGCCCAGCUUAAGCUCGCCGAGACAGCUAUUCAUGACUUAUAUCCGGAACGCGCAGACCCACCGCUACCUCGAACGCUGCCACUCGAGAAGUACGUCGGAGUCUACUCCCACCCGGCAUAUCAGAACAUCACGCUGCAACUAACUGAUGAGGACUCGGCAAAUACGAAAGGGGAACUUAGAGCUCUACGGGAUGAUAUGGAGUGGCAGAUGACGUUCGACUUCCACCAUGUAUCAGGCGAGUUCUGGGCGGUGGUCAUCGAUAUGCUUAACACGCCCAAUUUGCUCAACGGGCAACGGGCUCGGGCUCAGUUCGAAUUAGGCGUUAAGGGGACGGUGGAUAAGCUGAAGAUGGAGUUUUUAGAGGAUGGGAAUGAGGGGGUUAUUGUAUUUGAUAGGGUGGUGUGA